AUGCUAAAAGAUGACUUUGUGGUCGCCAUAGCGCUGUUGAUGUUUGUAUUGAUUCCUAGUCAAAGUGACAAGUCCGAAAUGAAUUUCAAAGACGAGACCGAAUAUGAGAACUCCACAUACGAAUACCACUUGCAGCGUGAACGCAUUAACAAAAUCUUCGACGAAACAAUCCACAAGUUGCGUCUUUUGGCCCACUUGCCCAAUCUGGUUGAAAAUGACACUGAAGCCUUGCAGAAAUUCCUCUCAAAAACCGAGGCCGACUUUAUCAAACUUGUAUGCCAGGAACACCAGCCUUUUUCCCGUGAGAUGAUCCAGAACCGGUCCGAUUUGGACCUAAUUUGCAACACCUUGGAGCGAAUUAACAUGAACGAACCCCGGAAGGGAGCACACUCCAGUAAAAGGACUCGGAUGUUUUCGGGUCUGGAACACUUUGACACACAUGUGGCUUGCGCCCUUGAUAUUAUUUUCAAAUCGGAGGCUUUGGUGCAAUAUAUGGAGAGUCUGGAGGACAAGAACGAUUCUCUAAUGACCACAUUUAUCGAGUCUAUGACCAAGUUGAAGAAAAUCGUUGAGGAGAGAUUAAGUGUUUCGGCGUCUGAGGAAAUCAAGAGGGAGAACGACCUCAAAACGGCCUACAGGUCAAGCAUGAUGCUGUCGGACCUGAUACAAGAACUGGAAGAGUUGUUGGAGAAACAGCGACAAGAGCUAGGGCGUGAGCGCGACCGCAAGGAAGAGAUUUUGCGAGAACUGGCCGAAAAAAUCGAAACUUUGAAAGAGAAAUCACAAAAGGACAUCAACCGUCUUGUCUACGACACCGAAACUGUGAUGAUGAAGGACUACAAUAAGAGCGUGGAACUGCAGGUUGAACUAUCAGAAGAUGCCAAAAACACAACCGAACAGUACAAUUCCCUACUUGAGGAACAUCUUCACCAGGAGAAGCUGCUCAGGGCGAAAAGACUCAAAGUUGAGACACAAUUAGCCAGUUGGGUGGCCAAGUAUGACACAGAUAUUGGGGAAAAACAGGCAGAAUAUGACGAACUUGACGAAAUUUUCCAAAACGAGAAACGAGAGUUUGAGGAGUUGCAAGAAAAGUUUGAGGAUCAGGCUGAGGAGUACCACAUUCUAAUGCGAGAGAAGGAGGAGGAGGAGCAGAGGAUUUACGAGGAGAAGGCGUGGAUAUUUUUGCAAAACCGCUCAGCCAGGAGGAUCCAAAGGGCCUGGAGGGCGCACCGAGCCAGGAAAUUGGCGCGGAAAAAGGGCCGGAAAUCUAAAAAGAAGGGCGGUAGUGCUAGUAAAAAAGAGAAAAAGAGUCCCAAAGAAAAGAAGAAGAAGAAAAAGAAGGAGGAAAAGACAGCGGUUCUGAAAGCUGAUCAAGACCCGAAUGCGCUCCUGGAGGGGAAAUACCGAGAGUCGAUUCUUGGCGAAAUGAAGUCGACUGAAGGUUUCGACAAAAAGGAUUUGGUGGUUGAUUUAAUAAACGAUUGAUUACGAAAAUAUUUAUUAGUGUCACAAUAAAAAAUGGAAUGAGCAUUGUUCAA